CAACAUUUGCAAUUACCAUGUCAGUCUUAGUCAUUGUCACACAGACAUACACACAUACCAUAUCAUUGUUUGCAUGAAGCCACAGGAUUUUAAAAAAGCAAAUAAUUUUUUGAAUCAUGCAGUUUUGGAAUAUAAUAUAUAUAAGACCACAGGGACUUAUCACGCGAUAAUUUAUCGUAUUUUGACGACUACGAGGAUGGACACUCAACACACUCCCAGUCCCACCCUAUUCUGAGGUGUCAUGGCCCAGAUUGCCAUCAGAGAUGCUUCUCUCACGGCCCACAUCAGAGAUCCUGGAGCCAGGGUGAGGGAACUGUGUAAUUAUGCUUGUAAGGUGGAGAUUGACCCUCAGAUUCCCCCGCGGCGGUACUUAAGAUCUGGCCAUGAAGUAUUAAGGAUGGCAAAGGUCUACCAGGAUGAGAAGAACUACGAGCAGGCAUUUAUCCUGUAUACAAAAUUUAUAUCUUUGUUUGUUGAAAAGUUGCCAAAACAUCCUGACUACAAAAUGGCCCCUGUUGAUGAUGUGUCAGCAAUAAAAAAGAAAGUGAAGCUUGUGUUUCCCAUCGCUGAAGAGUUGAAAACCAUUUUGAAGAAGAGAUACAAGGAUAUAGAAAAGAAACGUUUAGAGGAGGAGCGCAUUCAACAAGAGCAACUAGAGAGAGAACAAGAGAGACAACGACAGGAGGAAGCAGCGAGACAGCAGGAAGAGGAAGCAAGACAGAUACAGGCUCGCAGCGUAGCAGAAGCAAAAUGGCUGGAUGAACAGGAACACAAGCUACAGGAAUUAAAAGAGAAAGAGUUAUUGAAAAAUAUUGACCAAGACAGUGAGAGUAAUGAGAAAGUUGUGAAAGAUAAUGACACAUCAGGACUGAACAAUCAGCGUCCAUCAGCAACAGCAGGAAGUCUGACAUACAUACAUAAUGAUCUUGGAGAGAGACCUGUGGAGAAAAAUCUCAUGAAAGAUUCCCAGUACCCAAAUAUUCCUGAUAGAGAGCUGAAGAAAAACUUAGUGAUUUCAGAUUACUCCACCCCAACAAUAAAUGGUUCUCCUGACAUUGACAGAAGCACCAAGCCUGACCACUUCACCAGCACUGGGUUCUCGGGGCUCCGGGAAGUGGUAAUACCAUCAGAUCUGAUGAGGAAGUUCCUGGUUAUUGCUGAACACAAUACCUUAAGAAACAUUGAAACCUGUGGCAUUCUUGCUGGCAAGUUGGUACAUAACAGUUUCCACAUCACCCAUGUGCUGAUACCAAAACAAUCCGGAACUACAGAUACAUGUGUUGCAGAGGAUGAGGAGGACUUGUUUCUUUACCAGGAUCCAAGAGAUCUUAUUACUCUUGGGUGGAUCCAUACACAUCCAACCCAGACUGCUUUCCUCUCCAGUGUGGACAUGCACAAUCAGUACGGCUACCAGGCCAUGCUGCCCGAGGCAAUAGCCAUUGUUUGUGCACCUAAGUAUCAAGAGACUGGAAUAUUUACACUGACAUCAGAACGAGGCCUUCCUGAGAUUGGUAAAUGUAGAGAGAGGGGAUUUCACCAACACACCAAAGUCCCACCACUGUUUGAUUCUUGUUCCCAUAUCCGUUUGGUGGAUACAGAGAGAAUUGAAAUGGCUGACUUACGACGGAAGUGAUUGGUACCUGUUACAUCUGGGUAGUGUGAUAUUAUGGUGCUUAUGACCAGCAAAAUUAAUAAUGAACCUAAAAUAUGAUUAAUAUACAUACAUUUACUUGAAUGUGUAUACAAGUCACAAGACCAGAUGUAUUACAAUUUUCAUUUAUAUUUAUUUAUUACACUUUUGCUCCAGUUUUCUAUCAAUUUGUUUGUAAUUUGUGUUAUUAAAGACAUUGAAAUGAAAAUUGAAACAGUAUUUACCAGGUUUUACAUAAAAGCCACAUGUGACCGCUAUUUUGUUUUGCGAGUUCCCUUUCAAUUUUUGACACCUUCUAGGUUUAUUGUAUAGUAGAAUAUACUUAAUUACCUGCAAAAAUUCCACACAUACAAGCGUGUCAUUUCAAGUAAGACCAGGGAUGCAUAUAAACUUUAUUGUUAGGAAUUUCUUUAUUGAAGUUACAGAAGAUGUUAUGUGUCUCCCUCUAAUCAGUAUGUGAAGUAGUCGUCAUCAUCAGUGGACUUGUAUACACUAUACUUUCAUCAUCUGCGCAGAAAACAUUAUUUAUAUAUGGUUUUAUACUUUUCCUGUGUUGAUAUUAAUAACUUUUAUUUUAAAUUGUAAAGACAGCAUAUGUAUAUGUAUGUAAAAAUGCUAGAAUGUAUUUGUAACUGCCAGUUGUUCAUUGUUUUGUACAUUAAGUCUCAAUACCAUUACGAUGUUGUACAGGUGUGUAUUUGGGCAUGUCAAACACUGCAGUGUGUUGUUUCUUGUAGUUGGUCCAAUUGGGACAACUUAUUUAUAAACUAGUCUGUUAGUAUUCGGAUUUUUAGAUUGUAAAUUGAUAGAACUGGAUAAUGUUUUAAGUUAUCCCUGUAAGCAUUGACAAUGGUACCAUGCAGAAAUAGGCGACAAGAACCACCAUACCAAGUACUGUUUAAUAUGAUUUAAUGAUUGCUUAAAUCAAACUAUAAAUGGCAUAAGAUCAUCAAAUUUA